AUGGAUUACGGUCAAUUGAAAUCAAAUAUUUACGACUUUAUUUUGACUAUUAGUCUCAAUUAUCCCGAUGAACUUCAACAGCAAUUCAAUAUCAUUUUAGCUGAUAUAAAAAAUGAAACAAAUGCUUCAACAUUAUCUAGUUUCAUCAGUACACUGACAAAUAUGGUGAAAAAAUAUAAUGAUAAUCAUCAUUCAAUUCAAUUUAAUUUAUUGAACGAAGAGCUGGUUCAUUUAAAGGAAACACAUGAUGCUCUACAAGCUGCUUUAUUACAUUUUGAACAGAAAGGUGGUCCAUGUUUGAAAGAUAUUAAAGUUCGACUACAAGAAUUAUUUGAUAGUUUAUCAAACGUUAUCCAUCAUCAAAAUAAGGUUAUUCAUGAUAAAAAUAACGUUGUCCAUCAUCAAAAUAACAGAAUUGUUGAACUUGAAUCAAAAGUGACUUAUCUUUUAACAAAAUCAAAAAUUGACGAAAAAAGAAAACUGAUUGCGGAUAUAUUAAUUCCAUUAUCAGAGGAAUUGCAUAACUACUUAGAUGGUUUACCUGGUAAACCACAUCGAUACGAUGAUAGUUGCAUUUAUAAAGCAUUUCAAGAAAAAUUAGCUAAUCAUGAACUGAAUGAAAAUCAAUAUAAAUUAUUCUUUCGCAAGCAUAUCGACGAAACGACUUACCAACAGUUUUAUUUAUUUUUAUCAAAUAAAGCCAAUGAACUUAAUAUCAGUCUUCAUUCGCUCGCAUCGCUCUUAUGUGAGAAAAAAAUCAGAAAUUUUACACAUCAUAGCGAUAUUAUGGACUUCUUACUCGAUAGUUUAACCACAUUCAGAUACAAUUUCGUCGAUUUAAUGAACCAGCAUCAACUUGCUGAAGCAUUUGCACCAGAAGAAUUUAAUGGACUGAAAACAAUAUUCGAAACAUAUUUUGCUACAUUUAUCGCCGAAGCUCGACGACGUGAACAAGAAGCUGCAAAUUCAAUCUAA